AGCAGAGAGAAGAGGGAGGGAGAUGCGCGCAACGCUGGCUGCUGCGCUCCCCAUGGUUCGUUCUUGAUUCACCUUUUCCACCACGCCUCAUCCUCGUGGGCUAGCACUGACUAUUCUCUCUUUCACGAUGCUGCCGACUUGUUGGAGCUCCCCUUUUUGACCGUAUUAAUCACUUCUCAUUCUAUUCGCCCGAUGCCGUGGUAAUUCGCCAGAACUCCCGCUCAGGCCAUCUCGCAGAUCACACACUCGCAGCUCUGGUCCUUUUCACUCCAACCUUCCCACCAUCGGAUAUCCUUAUGUCCACGACGACAAUGACUACCGCCCUGGGCACCUCCAACGUGCGAGGCGGCCCUUCUCGCUUGACUCGAACCAACCCUGCCAGAGCCUCGAAAGGCCUCGGAUCGACCCUCCUGCGCCAGAACUCACUUGUAUCCAGCAGCGGCCUUGUUCUGGCCUCCUCCUCCGCCGCCGUCGCUUCGCAAAGUCAGACCAACAAUGACCCACCAGGCAUGUAUCCUGCCAUUACUCAUUUCGCCGAUGCGAUCGCCGCUCUGCCUCGAGAAUAUCGGCGGCACACUUCUUUGCUGAAGGAGGUCGACGCAAAAGCGUGGGGUCCGGAGGAAAAUCUACGAGACAUCUUGGAGCAGUGUCUGGCCGACAGUGCUACGACAACGAGAGAUCUAGCUGCCGCCUCCCAGAGCCUGACCGGCUCCAUAGCGGCAGAUGAUGCUCUCAAUCUCAGCGAAGCGAACAGCGUCGCCGGUGCGUCCUUCGACAACGCCUCCCUCGCCUCUGUCCGGUCCGCCGAUCCUAUCAUCAUGCAGCGCAGGCAACAAUACCACGCAUUGAGACAAAACCUCAUGACGAUCAUGGUCACUAUGGAUGAGAAAAACCACGUCAUCAACAAUGCCAAUGAAGAGGUGGGCAGACACAUUCGCAGGCUGGACCGCAUCUGGCCACACAUCGACGACGAGAUCUCGGAAGAAGCCAGGCUGGGAAGCUUGAAGCAUUGGGCCUAUACAGAGACGAAUCCCGUAAAGAAGCCGACUGCGCCCACGACGCGCAGAGAAGCCGCGGCUGCGGGUCUUGCCACUCUACACGAGAGCGAGAUCGCGCAUAGGAGUGAAGCUAGGAGAGAGGCCGUCCUUGCCAGGCGACAGCGGGGAACGGCCCAUCAUGCAGAUUCUGACUUCGACGACGCGAGAGCACCGGCGCGGAAAACGACCACCAGCGGCAAGAAGCGGGCGGCCGAUGCUGCACCGGAUCCCACUGGGUUGGGCAUCACUGGCGCAGGCACGGGAAAGAGAAAGAGACCAGAGAAGCCUGCUCCCGCGGGUGUGGCUAUGGAACGCUCGAUCAGUAGUGCGCUUGGAGGUCGCCCAAUGUCUAGAGAGAAUUCACAGCAGGAGAAUUCCAAGAAGAGAAAGGCGUCAGCAAGUGCCACCUCUGUGGCACGGAAACGAAUCAAUGCCGCAACCCAAGACUCGCCCAAGCUUGCCUCGUCCCCGCUUGCUGGAACAAUAGGGAAAGAAGUUUACAAGCGCAGCCCUGCGCUCUCUGCAGUCCGUCCUGCCACUGGACGAGGACGCCAGAAUUCUGCACAUACCGUCGAAAGCGCGAGAGGGAGACCUUCUUCCCUGACAUCGAGCAGAAAUAGGAACAGCAAUAAUGUGACCGCUGGUACGUCGGAGCUGAGCAGCUCUGCUGCCGUCGGUGGAAAGAGCACGACAGAAGUCAAGAAUAACACGAAGGAGACAAAGGCCGACAAGGGGGAGCGGCUGGUCGAAGACGAGCCUGCGAGCCUGAACGAGGUGGAUGGCGAACAACCGGCGAAAGGAGGAGCAUCGUCGGACAAGCCCUCCAGCAGACUCGACACCACCAAGGGCGACCUUCAAGACGAAGUGUCGGCGAGGGAGGCUGCAUCUCCUCGACUGCCACUAGUCCUGCAAACGAGUGAACUGAAGAAUGAGCGCUUGGGUAGAGGCCGAGCGUCAAAGACGUCCACGCCUGUGGUUGGCACGUUCUCCGAGGCCGAAGCUGCAGAGACUUCGUCAACCGGUGGAAAUGGUGGUGGUGCCAGCAAGGCCAAACGACCCGCCAGACCGAGAGUGAAGGACCACGGUCUCCACGAUUCGCUGUCGCCCAAAGGAUUGCCAAUGAAGCGACCUCACAAAAAGAGCGCGAGCCUGUCGUUUCCUUCUGCCGCAGCGGCUACCGGCAAUCAGCGCGUGAAAGACGAGACGGACCCUCCCACGAAGUCGUCCACGCCGUCCGAGCGCGACCUGGCGACCGGUGGCACGGCGAACAAUGUCGACGCGGGAGAGGUGGAGGACGAGGACGAAGAAAACGACGGGGUGGAAGAGGACGAAGAGCGAUAUUGUUACUGUCAAGGCGUGAGUUACGGGGAGAUGGUGGCGUGCGACAGGGACGAUUGUCCCCGGCAAUGGUUCCACCUGGAGUGCAUUGGGCUGAAAAGCGUGCCCAAGAGCGCCAAGUGGUACUGUGACGAGUGUAAAGAGGUGCUGGCAAGGAGUGAGAGGGCUGGCGGGAAGGGCAAGAAUGGUGGCAAUGGACAUAAUGGGAAGUAGACGAGAUGCCAGCGAAGGUCAGGUCAGGUCACCGAGCGAGCCCUUUUCGACCCGGGGCCAAUACUGAUAUUGUUUAACACGAAUUCGAUGCGAGGGUCGGCAUGAAGCAAUGUACACGGCAACGGCUGAUACCUCUUUCCACCAGCGAGAUCUUGACAGUGUCCUUUCUUUUUCUUUGCUUUCUCCUCUCAUACCGUCUCGGAGAUGAAGCACUGCCUUUGGGCGCCUGUUAUGCAGGCCAUGGCGAGAUUGACAUGAGCAAGACCACUGAACCCGAGGCGGGAUAUGCUCCGUCCCGACAGUAGAUACAUAGACCCUCUGGGAUGUCGAACCUCAGGAGACCCGGUAUC